AUGGGAAAUCCAAAGAAUCCAUCAAAUUCGAACGAAGAUCUUCACACGGCCGCUCGAUCAGGAGACUUGCUCGCUGUGCAGACAAUAUGCAGCUCAAAUCCUUUGGCCAUUAAUUCCAGAGAUAAGCACUCCAGAACCCCACUACAUCUAGCAGCAUGGUCAGGGCAGGCACAAGUAGUGAGUUACCUCUGCAAGAACAAGGCUGAUGUUGGUGCUGCCGCCAUGGAUGACAUGGGUGCGAUACACUUUGCUGCUCAAAAAGGUCAUUUAGAAGUUGUUCGGAUUCUCCUUUCAUCCGGAGUCUCUGUCAAAUCUUCCAAUCGCAAGGGCAUGACCGCUCUUCACUAUGCUGUUCAAGGGUCCAACCUGGAACUUGUCAAGUACUUGGUGAAGAAAGGUGCAAAUAAGGAUGCGAAGACCAAAGCAGGGAAAACCCCUCUUGACCUUGCAAGCAGUGAAGAAGUCCGCUUAAUUUUAGUUGAAACUGAAGCAGCAUCCAAGAAAGGAGAUUUGAAUGGCAAAGAUAAAGGUGAAGCAGCUCAUUUGAAAUUGUCGUCACAGGGAAAAGGAGAAGGUUCUGAUGGUGAGGCUGCUGCGGCUAGGCACGAAGAAGCUGAAAAAGAGAAAGAUGAAUCAGCCAAGAGGAAAGGUGAUGAAGGUGAAAUCAAGGAAAAUUUGCCAGAAUCGAAGAAGGCAAAGGUUGCUCUUAAUCAUCUUCUAGUUUCAGAUGACGCACAAGAAGGGGAAGAAAAUCUUUAA